AUGGCUUCUUGGUUUCUUGGUUUGGCUUGUAUGGAUCGAUACUUCUGCAGUUCAAGCAAUGCUCGUAUGCGUCGCUACAGUAGUGUACGCAUUGCUCGAAUCAUUAUAAUAGUGUUCACGUUGACCAUGUUCCUAAUUCAUAUUCAUGUAGCUGUCUAUAAUAUCAUUGGUAUUGGUCGUACUCCCAUACCCUUCAAUCAAGUGCAAUCAGUGUGUUAUACUGUAAGCGGCUUUUAUACAAUCUUUGGUAUCUAUUGGUUUUUCAUUGUUUAUGCUAUAUGUCCACCUGUUCUCAUGCUUGUUUUUGGUUCACUUACUUUAUUCAAUAUACAUCAACGUCGCAAACAAAUUCUACCUAAUACAUCCGAAGUCAGUAAUCGCAAUAGAGAGAAAACUUCGAGACAAAUGUUAAUCAUGCUCAUUGUACAAUGUGUUUUCAUGACUGUUUGUACCACACCAUUAGCUAUACAACGUAUUUAUCUCAACAUUACGUCAACACAACAAAAGAGCUUAACACAGAAAACAUUAGAUCAAUUAUAUUCUACUAUUGUCAUUUUUCUUGGCUUUGUUGGACAUUCACUUACCUUUUAUAUCUUUACUCUUUCUGGAUCUGUAUUUCGAGAUGAAGUAAAAAAAUUGAUUACGAAAGUUCCUGGAUGCAAACGAAUCUUUGCUACAAUGCGUAUACAAGCAACAACCAAUGGGAUUCCGUUAGCUUCACUUGAACAAAGAAAUAUGACAAUAUUACGAAAGCAUCAGACAACUAGAGUAGCAGUUGUAUCAAUCAAUGAAUGA